CAACCAUACAAAACACAAAAAAGUAGUGUAAAUCAUACGUGGGUAUAGGCAGAUUCUUAGGAGUCAGGAACAUACUUAAAUGAAUAUACUUUAUAAGGUUUUUAUGAAUUCAGUGGCUCGAGCAUAAUUUAUUAGGCUGACAAAAAAUAACUUCGAGUGCGGCCCAUUAGGUAGUAUCAAUCAAGCCCAUUAAGCAACGUUACUAGUUUCUUCGACGACCUUCUUCUCCUACCUCCUCCUCUGCACUUGUGCUAAACCCUCACGGCGAUAAACCCUAAUUAAGUUGUAAAGACAGCAUCCAUGGAUGCUCUUACGCGUAACAAGAAGAAGGUGGCACAUUCACAGACUCCGCCACUGUAUAAGCGUACGAACUCGUCUCCAUUGAAAAAGGCGCCUAAAUCCCAGAAGCCUCCAUUGAAGAAGCAGAGGAAAGGUAUUUCGGAGGAGAAGCCUGAAGUUUCCACAGACGAGAAAGAAGAAGAAGAAGAAGAGAAUGAACUGUCUGAUCAAGGAGAUGAAGGGUCUGAAUCAGGUUCUGACUUUUUCUCAGAUGAUGAUGAUGAUGAUGGUGAGGAUACAGAACCUUUAGCUGGCGACUUUAUCGAUGGUAGCGAUCACGAGGAGGGAAUUUUGGGUUCUGACUUUGGUGGAUCCAAGCUCGAGAGGAAAUCUAGAGCUAUUGAUAGAAAACGUAAAAAGGAGGAAAAAGAUGCAGAAGAUGAAUUCAAGAUGAACAUUAAGGAAAUACCUGAUGAGUUUCAGCUACCAACCCAAAAGGAACUUGAAGAAGAGGCACGUAGGCCACCAGAUCUUCCUAGCUUGCAAAUCAGGAUAAGAGAGAUUGUUAGAGUGCUGUCGAAUUUUAAGGAUUUGAGGCCAAAAGGAGACAAGCACGAGAGGACUGAUUUUGUUGAACAGCUUAAAGCUGAUCUUGGUUCUUACUACGGCUAUAAUGAGUUUCUUAUUGGAACUUUGAUUGAGAUGUUUCCUGUUGUUGAACUCAUGGAACUAAUCGAAGCUUUUGAAAAGAAAAGACCUACAUCUAUCCGUACUAACACUCUUAAGACUCGAAGACGGGAUCUGGCUGAUGUACUUUUGAAUAGAGGAGUUAAUCUUGACCCGUUAAGCAAGUGGUCAAAAGUUGGACUUAUCGUUUAUGAUUCCCAAGUUCCGAUUGGUGCAACUCCUGAAUAUUUGGCGGGUUUUUAUAUGUUGCAAAGUGCUAGUUCCUUCUUGCCAGUGAUGGCCCUUGCUCCUCGGGAAAAAGAGCGAGUUGUGGACAUGGCUGCUGCCCCUGGUGGUAAAACAACUUAUGUUGCUGCACUAAUGAAAAAUACAGGAAUAAUAUAUGCAAACGAGAUGAAAGUACCUAGGCUUAAGUCACUUUCUGCCAAUCUGCAUCGCAUGGGGGUGACAAAUACCAUAGUUUGUAACUAUGAUGGAAGAGAGCUACCCAAGGUUUUAGGUCAGAACUCGGUUGAUAGAGUAUUGCUGGAUGCUCCUUGCAGUGGAACUGGAGUGAUAUCAAAAGAUGAAUCAGUUAAGACUUCCAAAAGUGCUGAUGACAUAAAGAAAUUUGCCCAUUUGCAAAAGCAACUUAUACUUGGUGCGAUUGAUUUGGUAGACGCCAAUUCCAAAACCGGUGGAUAUAUUGUUUACUCAACAUGCUCAAUUAUGAUUCCCGAGGUUGGUGAACCAUACUUUUUCUGUUCCACUUUUUUUUUUUUUUCCUGGCAUCUUCAUGUUUUGUCACUAUUUUCAUUUGUUCAACAAAUUAUGCAGAACGAAGCUGUCAUCGAUUAUGCUCUGAAAAACAGGGAUGUUAAACUCGUUCCAUGUGGACUUGAUUUUGGCCGACCAGGAUUUAGCAGUUUUAUAGAACACCGGUUCCACCCUUCUUUAGAGAAGACUAGACGUUUCUAUCCUCACAUACACAACAUGGAUGGAUUCUUUGUUGCUAAGCUGAAGAAGAUGAGCAAUGCAAUGCAGCCUUCAGGAAAUGUUGAGCCAGAUAUAACAAUGGAGCAAGCUCAGGUGUCGUCUAGUGAUGAUGAUGAUGAGAAAGUUGAGGCCAUUGAGGAGUCAGAGAAGCCACCUGUUACCAAUGGACAACCCAAGCGAGAGAGUAACACUAGAGAAAACAAGAACAAACAAAAAAUUCCAAGGUCAAAGGAGAUUGACAAAGGCAAAAGGAACAAAUACACAAAAACCGGAAGUAGUAAUGUGGAAGAACCCAGGAAGCAAAAGAAGAAGAGAUCACAAUGGAAGAAUGAAAUUGCUCAAGCUAGAGAAGAGAAAAGAAAAGCCAUGAGAGAGAAUGCUAAGGAGAAGCCAAAACACAGGGGAUAAGAAUAUAGGUUCGUGUUGCAUCUUGGAGAACAAACUUAAUGCAAUAGAAUCUUUCGGUGUUGUGGUCGUGGUGAAGGAAACAAGAAAGGAGGCUUUAAUGGCUGAGGCUAAGGUAUCUAUAACGGCAGUGGCUUUGUAGUUUGAGUUAUUAACUUGAGUAAAGAAAGAGUUAUUAACCCACACAUGUCCAACAGAAGUUUUGUAUCAAUCACGUUACAAUAUUUUGAGAGAAGCUGUUUCUUUAUUUGGUUUUCAAUUUGGACUUGUAAAUUAAUUGAAAAAAUAAAAAUGUCCCUACUUUUCUCUCACAGAAAAUAUCACAUAAGUGUUUGAAAGGCUA